AACCUGGCUCAUCCAUGGAACUGCCUCAUCAUCAUACACAUCGUCAAACGUAUGAGAGUUGUGUCUUAUAUAUAGGAUCACAUGGAGGUCGACCGCUUCACCAAGUAUCUUGCUGCCACCGGCUUUUCAGAUCGCGAGGAGGAGAUUAGAACAUAUGUUGCACAAGGUGCCGAAGAUGUGCGCGCCAUCCUGACUUCUCCCUUCUCUUCAGAUGAGAUACGAGAAAUUGCAGCUCGCGAGGUUCACCCAAACACUCGUGGACGCCAAGUCACUGGCAUAAUUUGGUAUCUCACCUCACUAGCUGUUGAACGCAACCAGGCCUUUCUAUCUGGUGCUUUCCUCUGCCUAGACCCAUACGGUCGACUCUCUGCUUUCUUCUUGGCUAUUGGCACUCCGCGAACGAGCAGCCAUCUCAGGCGUCACAGCGCGCCGGGUUGUACCGGUGGAGUUGAUCUUGUUGUCGACGGCGCUUUACCACCACUCGCCAAUGAUCAUCGACACGUGCUGUUCACAGCUAUUUCCAAUGAUAAGCACCGAGGGAGCUGUUUGUUCCUGAAACCAGAGCCGUAUGGAGUCUCUGGAAUUAAAGACUUUGGCCACCACGCUGAUCGCUAUGUCCGCUCUCUUGGGCGCCGGUUUCGUUUUGGUGGCAACGAUCGCGUUGGUAUGAGAAAAGAGCGCAUCCCGGACCGCUUAGUUAAAGCUUUUUCCGAAGCAGUGGCUCAUCUUCCGGAGGGCACGAGUGCUAUUGCAGAGGUUGGCAGAAAAGGAGCAGGCGAAGGCAUUGCCGGGAUGCAUUCUUACCUUACUAAAAAGACGCAAGAUUCCAGUCUCUCCAGUAAUGCUAUGGAGUCAUUGCUACAUCAACUGGAAGCAGAGUACGACUUUGUCAGUUUUCGGUUUGGCAACGAGGUUUGUCUCGAUCUCGGGCUCGAGGUGUCCAAGCCACUGCCUCAAGCUUCUGGAGUUCUCGGCCCAUCGCCGUCCCUUUCGUGGUUACAAGUUGGAAGCCUCAAGAUUGAGAUGCCUGUGGUAACUACAGAAAUGUUCGAGUCGGUUACUGGUCUCUGAGUCUCCGGUCUUGCGCGAAACCUUGUCAACUUAUACUACGUUGUCACAAACUGCAGAGCCGUUGCAACGCUAUCGUCUUUUUCGAUGCCAGGACUUUUCUGGAGGUUGAUGGGGGCAGUGGAAUUGGCCGGUAGACAACGCCAGACAGGGUAUCCCUUCUUAUCAAUGAAUUGAUAUCGUCUCUCUCGCAUCCAUGUAAUUCUCGUAAUCUUGGGCACGGUUCGGCAUCCGGCCGGUAGCAUUGUGGGUCACGGAUCGGACCUUAAAAGACUGGAGCCAAAGUGAAUCCCCAUAAGCUUAAAGGAAACUUUAGAGGGUCUUGUUAGCUUACCUGUAUGUCAAUAGAGCGAAUCUUGAUCACGGUAGAUGUUGUCUGUCGCAGAAUUCUUGUAUCCAAACAGGUAGAUUUGAGCUUCAUGCAUCGCUUACACAUCUCCAAAGAUUAAUUGAUGCUGCAGUACACGUCAUGCAUUAUCGGC